CGGAGUAUGAGGACGAGAGAGAGCGACAGAGGAGACUGCUGGACAUGGUGCUGAAGCCCAGGAUCACGUUACACAGAAUAGACUAUGUACAGUUAUCUGAUCAGCAGCAUCAUGAGCAGGAGAGGAGCCCCAGUCUGGCCAAGGAGGAACAACAGGAACUCUGGAUCAGUCCAGAGGAAGACCAACUUCCAUUGCAGGAGAAAGCUGAUACCUCUGAGUCCAUCUUUACCCCUCUUUGUGAUGGAAAUGAUGAUGGUAAAGAUCAGUGCCUGCCUUUGCAACUCUACCAAACCCAGACAGAGGGAGACAGAGAGCCCCCAGUUGUCACCUCAUUUGAACUGGAUGCCAAAGAAGACAACUUUUUAAUAUCAGAAUCAACAAGUCAUACCCUCUCUAACUGCUGUCAUGUAACUAAAAGUGAAACUGACCAUACUUGCAGUCGUCAAAACUGUGAGGAAGCGGGUUCAACUCGAAAAGCCAGACUGAAUCCUCACAAAAAGCCCUACAACAAGUGCAAGAUUUGUGGGAAAGUGCUUUACAAUUUAGAUUUUUUCAAAAUUCACAUGAGAUUUCACACAGGGGAAAAGCCUUUCAAAUGCACAACUUGUGGGAGAGAGUUUACCUGUAAGCCACAUUUGCAAAUACACGUAAGGACUCAUACAGGGGAGAGGCCAUUCAGAUGCACCACGUGCGGGAAAAUGUUUAUCCGGAAGUCACAUUUGCAAACGCACAUAAGGACUCAUACAGGGGAGAAGCCAUUCAUAUGCACCACGUGCGGGAAAAUGUUUACCCGGAAAUCAACUUUAGAAAUGCAUGUAGUGACUCAUACAGGGGAGAAGCCAUUCAGAUGCACCACGUGCGGGAAAAUGUUUAUCCGGAAGUCACAUUUGCAAACGCACAUAAGGACUCAUACAGGGGAGAAGCCAUUCAGAUGCACCACGUGCGGGAAAAUGUUUACCCAUGAGUCAACUUUUCAAAGGCAUGUAAAAAGUCAUACAGGGGAGAAGCCAUUCAAAUGCACCACAUGCGGGAAAAUGUUUAUCCGGAAGUCACAUUUGCAAACGCACAUAAGGACUCAUACAGGGGAGAAGCCAUUCAGAUGCACCACGUGCGGGAAAAUGUUUAUCCAUGAGUCAAGUUUUCAAAGGCACAUGAGGAGUCAUGCAGGGGAGAAGCCAUUCAGAUGCACCAUGUGCGGGAAAAUGUUUACCCGGAAAUCAACUUUAGAAAUGCAUGUAAGGAUUCAUACAGGAGAGAAGCCAUUCAGAUGCACCACAUGUGGGAAAAUGUUUACCCGGAAGUCAGAUUUACAAAUGCAUGUAAAGACUCAUACAGGGGAGAAGCCAUUCACAUGCACCACAUGCGGGAAAACGUUUACCCGGAAGUCAGAUUUACUAAGGCACAGAAGGACUCAUACAGGGGAGAAGCCAUUCAGGUGCUGCGAUUGUGGAAAUAGGUUUAACUCAAAAUGGCAUCUCAAACAACAUGUCAUGAUCCACAAAGGCCUCACAAGUCACUGCAAAAAAGAAGUUAACUGACUAUUCAUCUUAAUUAUUUAUAAUCAUGUUAUAUCGUAACAUUCCUAUGUUAGGGGCUAAAUUGAAUCAUUAUAAGGGUGUAACUGCACAAACAAGACAUGGUGUCCUUUAUGAUCAUUUUGUCAAUAUGGUCCGAAAUGACUGUGCAACAAUAAGAUCAAUACUUUUAUAUUGAAGGGCAUUUUUAUACCUACGAACUUAGACUGUAGUCAUGCCUCACAGCUCCAUUUCAUUGGAGUCAUGGUGAUACAGACUUAUACAGUGUGACACCAUAGUGUCAGAUUGUUGAUACUUUUUGGUAUUAAGGAGGAAGAACCAUAGUAAUUAAGCAGAAAGUGCAAUCACAUUGCAUUAUGACCAUAUAAUCACACAUGCUAUGUUCAGAAGGUCCUAAUGAAGAAACACUACAGCAAAAUUUCUUAAAAUUCAAGAUUUUUGUAGUAGGUUGAACCAUGGUACCAAGUAUUCUCCCACCCCUAUACGCCCUGCAUAAGUUGGCAGAUAGACAACUCCUCCUCCAAUCACCAUGCAAAGACGGUGCUUAUUUCCACUCUUUUUAAUGGUUGACUGGGAGUAAGGUAAAACUACAAGAGACGCAACGCAACAAACACACAAAGUUCAAUACAUCAAUAAAACAUGACUAUGAAAUGAUACAUGAGUUUCAAGUGUGUUACUGCUAUGCAAUUUCUAGCAUACACCUUAUUAUUGACCAACCAAGAUGAAUAUUUUGGCUAAACUGAUGACAACGGACUAUCAUAUCCAAUUAAUUCGCAAGCGUUAGCAUUCGCUAAUAACAGCUCAUGUAAUGUGAACUCAUACAAGAAAAUACGACACAUUUACAUCAAGCCAAACUAAUAUGACCAACAAAUGUGACUCAGUGUUGGUGUUUUUCUUCAGCGGAUUAUACUUUGCGUACUUACAAAUAAACAGACUUGUUUUCAA